AUGCGUGGAGAAUGGCAGGAAUUUAAGACACCUGCAGGCAAAAAGUAUUACUAUAAUAAGAACACGAAGCAGUCUCGAUGGGAAAAACCUAAUUUGAAGAAAGGCUCUAACCUAGAAAGCAAUGCGAAAGAAUCACAGACAGAGAGGAAGCCAACAUUUUCAUUAGAACUGGUUAAUGGUUGGCACUUAAUAAUAUACAACGAUGGUACAAAACUUUACUUUAAUGAUGACUCUAAGGAGUUCAAAAAUGACAUCAGUCAAGAGGACGACAGCAGGUGUCGCUCAUUAAUCGAGUCGUUAGAUAAGGAAAAACUGGUUCUUCUGAUUGGCGUUGCCAGAGGUUACACUAUGCGGGAGGAGGACAUUGAUAAAAUCCUCGAAUCUUGCAACGAAGAGAUUCAUCUAUUUAAAAGAAAUCAAGACGAAGUUGAGAGAAAAGAUGAGAUCAGCGAAGAGGCGGGUGACGUAAAAUCCCCUUUACAGGAAAGCCACACUGGGCUAGUCAGCGGGUAUGGUUCAUCUUCGGGGGAGGAAGACGAAGAGGAAGACGAAGAGGAAGACGAAGAGAAUGAAGAACAAAUUGUAAAUCAAGAUAUCAGCAUUAUCGAUGAUCUGAAUCGUAUUGAUACAGAUGACAUUGACGAGCGUAAUAUCUUCUUCGAAUUAUUCGAUAGGUAUAAACUAGACAAGUUUUCCACGUGGUCGCUGCAAAGCAAGAAAAUCGAAAACGAUCCUGAUUUUUACAAGAUCAGAGAUGACACAGUUCGUGAAAGUCUUUUCGAAGAAUGGUGCGGCGAGCGCAGUGGCAAUGCCACCGCUGAAGAAAGCGAUAGCGAAGAUAAUAGCGAAGACGAUAGCGAAGUACUAGAACCAACAAAAUACCAUUAUCUGGCACAAAUUGUUGCUAAUGCGGGAACAAUCGCACCCGACACCAUCCCACAAGAUAUAAGGAAACAACAAAAAGCGUUAUACAAGGCCUACAAAAUCAAGGAGUAUAUACCGUCGAAGCGCGACCAAGACAAAUUCGUUUCCCAACUGCUGUUUUAUUAUAAGACGUUCGACUUGGAACAGCGGAAAGAGAUUUUCUGCGAUUGCCUACGGGAUCACGAACGAGACUUUACGGGGGCAGUCGAAUCGCUGCGUCAGGACAAAGAGCUUAUCGACCGAUGGCAAACACUUCUGAAAGCACCCGCGGACAGUAGUAGUAUAGAGGAUAUAUUGCUGAGCAUUGAGCACAGGUGUUGUGUCAGCCCAAUAGUGGUGACGGAACCACGCUACUACGUCGUGGGCAUUCUGGAGAAGACCGUGGUCUGGGUGCGGUGGCUAGCCGCCGAGGUCGGGCCAUCAAGCCGGUUUACCCCAGUGGGCGCGGGGAACGAGCCGAUAAAUCCGGAAUAG